CGUGAGAGUGGGGGAAAAUGGACGCCAUUUAGCGAGUAAAAGGAGACCAAAUUCAAGGAUGGGAGGAAUCCAAGAAAGAUCUAUGCACGAGUAGGAAAGCGCGUGGAAAUAAAAACGGAGUCGUCAAGUCUUGGAUUGAAUAGUAAAGCUCGCCUCUUUCACACCACAUAAAUUUUUGGUUCAGCCCAACUUUUGGACUAGGAAGAUGAUGACCAUGAUCAUAUUCAUAAACUAUUAUAUAGGCGGUUGAGUUGAGAGGGUGAACUUCCCCACUGGUUUCAGACUCUUCUUGAUUGGUUUCAUGGUGAUCAAAAGAAUUUAUUUAGGCUUGUUUGUCAAAGGGAACACCUGAUUUGUAGGGCUUUCGUCCUAAGACACCACCGCCUCACAUUUUUUUUGUGUGUUUUCUAUUUUCACGCCAAAUUUUGCUCAGAAUUCUAUAGACCCAGAUCUUGGUUCUACUGAAAUCAAAGGUGGGUUUUGUAGCAUUAAAUGCUAUCUUGGACUCUGUGUAAUCCAAGAGGAGGAGAAGAGGAAGACGAACAUCAACAACAAAGCCAUGGGCAACUGUUGGGAUUCCCCAGGGGGAAUUCCUGAUCAUCCCAUAAGUGUACCCUCGUCCGGUAAGCAAGGGACGACCUCCAAGUUUACCAGCAAAGAAGCUCCAUCUGCCCAAAGUAUGUCUUCUUUCAGUGUGAAGACAAACGAGAGCUUCCCAUCUACUCCACGGUCCGAAGGGGAGAUUCUGUCUUCACCAAACUUGAAGGUUUUCUCAUUCAAUGACCUCAAAAAUGCAACCAGGAAUUUUCGCCCUGACAGCCUUUUGGGGGAAGGAGGAUUUGGCUGUGUAUUCAAAGGAUGGAUUGAUGAGCAAGGAAUGUUAGCAACCAAGCCCGGAUCUGGCAUUGUUGUUGCAGUCAAGAAGCUUAACCAGGAAGGCUUACAAGGUCACAAAGAGUGGCUGGCCGAGGUAAAUUAUCUGGGACAACUUCAUCACCCCAAUCUGGUGAAGCUUAUAGGGUACUGUGCAGAGGAUGAUCACCGCCUCUUGGUUUAUGAAUUCAUGCAGAAGGGGAGUUUGGAGAAUCACCUGUUCAGAAGAGGUGCUCAGCCUCUUUCCUGGGCAAUAAGAAUAAAAGUAGCUGUUGGGGCUGCCAAGGGGCUUGCAUUUCUACACAAUGCAGAAAGGCAGGUUAUAUACCGUGACUUCAAAGCAUCAAACAUCCUUCUAGAUUCGAAUUAUAAUGCCAAACUCUCAGACUUUGGGCUAGCAAAGGACGGUCCAACAGGUGAUAAUACCCAUGUCUCCACAAGGGUUAUGGGGACUUAUGGUUACGCUGCUCCUGAAUAUGUGGCAACAGGUCGUUUGACAGCCAAGAGUGAUGUAUACAGUUUUGGAGUUGUUUUGCUGGAGCUAUUGUCUGGUCGUCGUGCAGUAGAGAAGAACAAGCCUGGCAUUGAACAAAACUUGGUGGAAUGGGCUAGGCCUUAUUUGAAUGAUAAACGCAAAUUGUUCCGUGUAAUGGACACUAGAUUGGAGGGUCAGUAUGCUAUGAAAGGAGCUACUAAAGCAGCCACGCUUGCACUGCACUGCCUUAGCUCUGAAGCGAAGCAUAGGCCCCUUAUGACAGAAGUAGUUGAGACACUAGAACAGUUGCAAAAUGUAAAGGAAAUGUCAAAGUUUCAAACUGAAAGGGCUGGACCAAGACAGUCUGGUUCCGGUGGCAAUACUAAUGGGCAUUUCCACUUAAGUCCAAAAACUGUGAAUCACCCAUCUCCAGGUUAUCCAAGACCAUCUGCAUCACCACUUAAUUCAUACCAGCGUUCACCAAGAGUAAGGUGAUCCGAUCAAUAAAAGCGAGGGAUUUUAUCAAUUGUCAAGUAUCCAUAUCUUCUAAUUUUGACACUGGCAAUAUUGCUUUGCCAAGGUCUGGCACUACUGUUUUGUUUGUAGAAACGGUGAAUGCCCAGGUCUCUGGAAUGUGUCCAAUGCUGAGGAAGCUGUAUAAUUUCAAGAUGUGUAAUUUGUGCAGGUGUCAUAAUGCAUCUCAAUGCCAUUUAUCUGCGCUAUGUACCUGAUUUUGAUGAGAAGCAUGGCUUGAGUAUUUAACCAUGCUGUAUUUACUCUUUGAGCGCUAAUAGUGUGUGAUUAGUUAUUUUUUCCUGGUCACUGUCCCGAGCUUUUGCUAAAGCAUAUGUACAACACUGAACAUCAUUCUAAUUAUUUAUUUAUACUCUUAAUCAAAUCAUUUUCAUUAUUCAUCUUU